AUAAGCCCAUAUUUGUUUUGAAACAGCUGAACGGCGAUGCAAUCAGAAUGCCUGGGUCUGUUUUACACUGAAUCACGUAAAUGACACUAAACUUGCUAACACCAAUCACAGGGUUUUCGGCACGAUAAUGAAAAUCCCAUUAAAAUGCAAUACUUUUAGCUCAAAAGCAAACAUUAGGUACUUUUUGCAUUUUUUUUCCUACAAUUGUCUGUGUCUCUUUGUUUGUUUUCAUUAAUGGAGUUGAUAACGUCGAAAAUAAUUGAUUGCUAGAGAUACUGCAAUCAACCCGUUACAUCCUUCAUCAUUGGAAACAAUAGAGUGUCUACUACUGCACGUAAAUUACAGGUGUGAUAUCAGAAGUCGGACAUCAUGCUUUACAUCAGGUAUCUUCUUAUCGUAGAUUUCAUCUUUCUAUGUAUGAAAGGAAGUUUCGGGGGUGACGGCACUACUGCCGAAAAUGUAACGUCAUUGAGAAAAGCCCUGCUGAAAGACUAUGAUCCAUACCUGCGUCCGAGAAGGCUGCAGGAGGACCCUGUCAUAAUCAAUGCCAGUUUUGGCGUCAGUCGCUUACACGACCUCAAUGAAAAAGAACGGAAGAUUUCUAUACUGGGAUAUUUUAGAUUUUCUUGGAUUGAUGAGUUCCUAGUAUGGGACAAGGACAAACACCAAAACAUCAGUGACAUCGUGGUUAAAACGGAUGAUAUAUGGUGGCCCACCAUAGGACUUGGAAAUCCAAUCGCUGACUUUGAGACAAUGAAAAACACUUACGGCAUUUUCCAGGUUUCGUUUUCUGGAGUGAUUACAUGGUCUCCCGGGGCUUUGUUUUCAGUGAUGUGUGAUAUGAAAUUACAGAAGUUCCCUUUUGAUACGCAGACGUGCGAUUUUGUAUUCGUAGUACUUGGUUAUACCAAAAAGGACAUCGUUAUAAACGCAAACCCAGAUAUUCUAAAUGUCCAGGGAACCACAGAGUGGGACAUUUUGGAAACCAAAAUCCUCGAACUUCCUGGUGGGAGUAAUGGACUGAAUAUUCGCUUCACGCUUCGGAGGAAGCCGUAUUUUGUUCUUUUAACGGUGACUAUGCCCCUGACAUUGCUUUCAAUUUUGAACAUAUUUGUCUUUUUAAUACCCGUGGAGUCGGGCGAAAAAACCUCGUACGCCAUCUCCACAUUCUUGGCUUACUCUAUUUACCUGUCUGUCAUGGGGUCCUCCCUGCCUGAUGACGCCGAGUCCAUCGUUUAUAUGACGUUGUACAUUGAGAUAAUGAUGUUCCUAAGUGUACUUAUUAUGGCGCUGGUCAUUAUACAGAUACGGUUGGUAUUUUAUCAUGGUGACGACCCAUUGCCUUGUUGUCCAGAAAACAGCGUGACGAACGAAGAAGACACUGACGUCAUUAGUAUAGACCUUAAUGAUAAAUCGAUACGUAAAGAAAAUGAGCCCAGUAAAUCUAAGAAAAGAACUUGGUCCAAUAGUAUGGCUAUGAUAGACAGAAUAUUGUUUGCAUUUUUCUUUUUGGCACUUUGUACUUUUAAUAUCAUUUUCUUUACUUUAAUGUUACGAUGAUUUCAUUACUUUGAAAAAUGUUUAUACUUUAUAUCAUUGUAUGAGAGAUGAUAGCGAGCGAAAAGAAAUUAAAGCAACAGCUUUUAUUGGUAGUAAAGAAACUGGAAAACGUGAUUCAUGUAAGAACCUUCCAAACGGAUGGUAACAGAGAUAAAACUAACAAUAUACACUACAUGUAUGAAUGUAAAAUAUUCUUCAAACUGAGAGCAGUAUACUAUCAACUUUAAAUAUACAGCAGUGAAUAUCUAUCUAAUCGAUAUUGAAGGAACGUCAGAAACGUGUUUACCAUCAAACGCGUUCGGUUUCGAUGUGAGUAAACUAUGAAUUAAGAAGGAUGCAUAUACAUGUUUGUUUUCCCUCGGACUGAAAUGUCACACUUUCAUUGGUUUAAACAUAGCACGUGUUUGCCUCAUCUAUCUAUACUACUAUAUUAAAAUAAUAGACUCGAAUUUUUGGGCUUUAAU